CGUGUGUGGUGGGAGUGAUGGUGUGGACGUUGCAACGCUUCCACCACCACAGUCACCUGGGAACCAGCUGGCUGCCCCUGGAGGACGCAUGGGGGAUAACGACGGCUGUGCUCGGUUCCCUAGUGGCCGUGUUUUUCCUGUGGGCGGUGCUAGCGGGGUACAACAUAAGACAGCUCACGUUUAUCAAGAGAGCCUCACCUAACCACAAGAGCGUCACUCUGGUAUCGGGUCGUAUAAGACACCUGACCCUGGUGGUGGCAGGCGAGUGGACUCUCAUCGUCACCAGCCUCUUUCAGCAUCACUUUGUCGGCCAGUACGUCUUCUGCCUCACUACCCUCACACAGAGUAUUUUGAUCACCGUGGUGUACACGUAUGGUGGGGGUGACGUCACCAGUAUACAGUGCUGCUGCCGUCUCACUCACUUCUGCAGCCAACCGCCUCCCCAGGAGCACAAGGAGCGUGGGAUGGAGGGUGACAAGGGUAAGGGUUGUAUGGACGGGCUGAUGGCCUGUCGGAUGACACGGGCACACACUUAUGAGAGUAUUCCCGGGGAAGAGUGUGGCCAUUUAAGAGACGAUAACUCAGAAUUUCGUGCUCGUGGUGGCUCCCUUUGGUCACAGACGACAACGACGGUGGUGCUACCGGAGACUGGGGAACUGUUACACUCUCCCCUGGACUCCGCUGGCCCCUCCAUUCACCAUCUGCAGGAGCCUAGGACACAUUUGCCUUUGUUUGCCCGUGGUAGCAACCUCGGCAUUACCGGAGCCAUGCGACCGGGGAACUUCUUCUUCAGGGGCACCCGCCUAGAAUGUGGGGCUGGCAUGACAUGCCCUCAGCCGAAUAUACUGAGUGCUUCCUCCCUGGUCUACGAAGACAUGGAUGCUAGAAUGUCUAGGAGAAAGAAGAACUUUUCAUUCCGUGUUCACCAGCCCGUCAUCCACGAGAUGCCUCUAGAUCUGCGUCAGGACAGCCAGUCCAUUACCCACACUCACCACUCUCACCUGGAUGACACCCAUACUUGCAAAUACCUGGACAUGUCAGUGUCUAAGGGUAAACAGUGCUCAAAAGGCACUAACUUUAAAACAACAAAAGGUAAGAAUGACAUCGAGGUAGAGAGAAGCUACGUGAACGUUGGGGAUGAUCAUCCCAGGUCUAUUAUACUGGCAACUAGCCAAGUGCAUCCUGAGCCCAAUAAGACUGUGCCUCCUUAUGUUAAUAUGGGAAUAACCUCCUUUUAUAAUAAUGGUAAAGACCAGUGUAGCAGCAGCCCUCAUCACCGCUAUCUGUCUAUGGAAGUGAGGGGAAUGAAGCACGCGAUACAGUCUCACAGUCUAAGGAAAUGCAAUGGUGACUCAACGCUGCAGAAGACUGGCGUCGAAACAACAGAUUAUACAAGAAUGGUUAGUGGGGACGGCGACGAUGUUUCUGAAGAACAAAUGACUAAUAUGAAACACUCGGAGACAAUAGCCACGGCAACCAAUGCCAAGCAACUCACUCCAGUGAAGAGUGAGCCCAUCGACAGUAUAGUAUCUUCUGAAAGCUUCUCAAAUGACGCCGAACAGCUCCAAAAGGACGAUACCCACAGUGAAGGAAGUGCGUUGUCUGCCUACAGAAUCACCCCAGAAGGUAGUGUGGAACUCUCAGCAGAAGCACCGUCCCCGCCCGGCAAAAAAGAAGUGAUGUCCGUUUGUGAUCAACUAAAUGUUUCCACCUCAGCCUCGGCCGUGUUCCUGCGUGGUGAUCAUGCGGAUAAUAAAGGCUCUCUCCCGAGUGUUUGCGCAACUGGUGGUGGCUCUGCUGGGGGUCUGGUGACUCGGGAGACUACACAACUUCCGCCAGAUGUACCAGCGGCAGUCACGGAGUAGUUAUAGAGAAUUUCAGUACCCUGAAAUCUUUUAAAAUCCUCGGUGAUAUUAACAUUAAUGUCAUGAAUCAUAAAUAUGUCUUACUUAUGUAAGAUAUUCAGGCUGUUAGAAUGUUAAAUGUUCAAUCAGAGAGUUUUAAAUAUUACAUAUCAGGGGUUAAUA